AUGUCUCGCCAGUCCAGUGUGUCCUUCCGAAGUGGGGGCAGCCGCUCCUUCAGCGCUGCCUCUGCCAUCACCCCGUCUGUGUCUCGCACCAGUUUUACCUCUGUGUCCCGCUCCGGGGGUGGUGGUGGGGGUAGCAGGAUCAGUUUUGGAGGUGUUUCCGGACUGGGUAGCUAUGGCAGUCGGAGCCUCUACAACGUGGGUAGUUCCAAGAGGAUCUCCAUUAACAGCGGAGGAGGUGCCUUCAGGGGCCGCAGUAUUGGUGGUGCUGGAGCUGGCUAUGGCUUUGGAAGUGGAGCCGGUGGUGGAUUUGGUUUUGGUGGUGGUAGCUUUGGGCUCGGCGGCGGUGGAGGUGCUGGCUUUGGUGGUGGAGCUGGCUUUGGUGGUGGCUAUGGGGGUGGCUUUGGUGGCCCUGGCUUCCCCGUGUGCCCCCCUGGAGGCAUCCAAGAAGUUACCAUCAACCAGAGCCUCCUGACUCCUCUCAACCUGGAAAUCGACCCCACCAUCCAGAGGGUGAGGACCGAGGAGCGUGAGCAGAUCAAGACCCUCAACAACAAGUUCGCUUCUUUCAUCGACAAGGUGCGGUUCCUGGAACAGCAAAACAAGGUCCUGGACACCAAAUGGACCCUGCUGCAGGAGCAGGGCACCAAGACUGUGAGACAGAACCUGGAGCCUUUGUUCGAGCAGUACAUCAACAACCUCAGAAGGCAGCUGGAUGGGGUUCUGGGGGAGAGGGGCCGUCUGGACUCAGAGCUUAGAAACAUGCAGGACCUGGUAGAAGACUUUAAGAACAAGUAUGAAGAUGAAAUCAAUAAGCGUACCACUGCUGAGAACGAGUUUGUGAUGUUGAAGAAGGAUGUGGAUGCUGCCUACAUGAACAAGGUAGAGCUAGAGGCCAAGGUGGAUGCUUUGAUGGAUGAGAUCAACUUCCUGAAGAUGUUCUUUGAUGCGGAGCUGUCCCAGAUGCAGACACACAUCUCAGACACAUCUGUGGUGCUGUCCAUGGACAACAACCGCAGCCUGGACCUGGACAGCAUCAUCGCUGAGGUCAAGGCUCAGUAUGAAGACAUCGCCAACCGCAGUCGGACUGAAGCUGAGUCCUGGUACCAGACUAAGUAUGAGGAGCUGCAGCAGACCGCAGGGCGGCAUGGUGAUGAUCUUCGCAACACCAAGCACGAAAUCUCCGAGAUGAAUCGCAUGAUCCAGAGGCUGAGAGCCGAGAUAGACAACGUCAAGAAGCAGUGUGCCAACCUGCAGAAUGCCAUUGCUGAUGCCGAGCAACGCGGGGAGCUGGCCCUCAAGGAUGCCAGGAACAAGCUGACAGAACUAGAGGAGGCCUUGCAGAAGGCCAAGCAGGACAUGGCCCGGCUGAUGCGUGACUAUCAGGAACUGAUGAACGUCAAGCUGGCCCUGGACGUGGAGAUUGCCACCUACCGCAAGCUGCUGGAGGGCGAGGAGUGCAGACUGAGUGGAGAAGGAGUUGGACCAGUCAAUAUCUCUGUGGUUACAAACAGUCUGUCCUCGGGCUACGGCGGCAGUUCCUUUGGCGGUGGCUAUGGCGGAGGCAUAGGCGGCGGCAUAGGCGGAGGCUAUGGCGGAGGAAUAGGCGGUGGUAUUGGUGGAGGUGGUGGCAGCGGAAGCUACUACUCCAGCAGCAGUGGAGGCAUGGGAGGCGGCGGCGGCCUGGGUGGUGGGCUCAGUGUAGGAGGCUCUGGCUUCAGCGCAAGCAGUGGCCGAGGGAUUGGGGGAGGCAGCAGCUCCAGUGUCAAAUUUGUCUCCACCACGUCUUCCUCCCGAAGGAGCUUCAAGAGUUAAGAAGAAGAGUUAAGAAGGCCGCAAGACCCUGCCACCACCCCUGCCCUGCCCCCAGGCAGCCUCCUGGCUCCUAGCAACUGCCCUUUCUAGGCAGUUGUCCAAGUCAAGUUUUCCCUUUUCUGGAGAGUAGUCUAAUCCAAUCUACCACAUACUCUUCCACGGUAGAACCCAAUUCCCAGUCUACUCUCCCAUGUCACCUCUCUAUAUUCCGCAGCAAGUCAGUCUUUCGGUCCCUCUAGCAUGGUUCCUGACAAUGUAAAAAUCUGAAGUCUUUUAGAAUGUAAGCCACUGAAACAGAAUCCCACCCCAGCAUCCACCUCAA